AUGAAUAUUGACGCGGCUGACAAUGCUGACCAAAAGUGGCUCGGAGUUGGUCUAGCAGUCCCCCACGGUCUCGUUCUCGAAAUCAAGAUUAGCACCUGUAUCUCGCUCGACUUCACCGCCACCAACACACCUCAAGAUGCCGGAAACCCUCAUUUUCGUGGUGCAAACAAUACCGAACACAAGGUCCUGAAGCCGACAGCAACCUUCGUUGGCGAUGUUUACCUCGACAUGAUAUCCGCAGACCCCGCAGCCUCGUUGGCCAAUAUCACAUUCACUCCUUGUGCGCGGACUCACUGGCACACUCACGAAGGGGGACAGAUGAUCAGGGUGAUCUCUGGCACUGGUUGGAUCUGCGAUUUAGGCAAGGAAGCUCGUCGAAUCCAGGCUGGCGACGUUGUCUGGGCUCCCCCUGGUACCACCCACUGGCACGGUGCGGACGACAGCUCAAUUAUGACCCAUUUUGUCGUCGGCAUUGGCGAGACUAAGUGGCACGACCAAGUCACAGACGAGGAGUACAAGGCUCGCCAGAACGAGUAA